UGGUGUUUAUUGCUAAGCUUCGCCGUAUGGAAAGCCAAGAUAUAAAAGUACAGCUAAGCCAUCUUCUGGACUUGCUGAAUCUAGAAAACAAUCGUUAUACAAGAGUGAAAUUUCUCUCCACUGUCUCAAAGAGCGCCCUUUCUUUGGCUUUGUCGCUUAUGGGAAACCCAAAGGUAAUAGCUUUAGACGAACCGACUCAAAAUAUGGACCCGUGCAUGCGACACCGUGCAUGGGAGGCCAUUAACCAGUCUAAGCAAGCGGGUUCUGUGAUAGUUCUCAGUACACAGAGUAUGCAAGAGGCGGAGGCCCUGGCUGACCGCAUUGGGGUUCUAAGGAAGGGAUCUCUAGUGGCUUGUGGCACCAUAGCGGAGUUAGAGGAAAAAUAUGAAAGAACGUACGUUCUGCGUUUGGUGAAAACCAACUUUUGUCGAUCUGAAACAAUUAAACAGCUAAUUGAAGACGGUAUAGAAGGUGCACGAAUUAUGUCAGAAACAGAGUCCGAGAUAAGAAUUUCAUUACCGAGAUCCCAAUCACCGAAGUUUGCAGCAGUUUUCGAGCAAUUGGAAGAAGAAAAAGCUGCCUUUGGAGUGUCUUCGUUUGGAAUAAGCCUUGCAACCCUUGAUGAAUUAUAUUUACGAAUUGCUAGGGAAUCUGAGAUGAAAACCACCUCGGCUAGUACCACUUCCUUUGAUUUAACACAGAGUGGAUCCCGGCUUCUCACGCGGAAAAAGCUGGGUCGGCGCAAGUUCAGAAUACUUCCUUUGGGUUUGGUCCACCAGCUGCACGAGUUUUUCAGCAUGUUCUGCGUCCAUGCACUGGUCUCGUGGCGCAGACGUUGGCUCACGUGCUCCCAAAUUAUACUACUGGUGAUCGUCGCUUUGCUGACCUCCUGCAAUCCUGAAGGCUUCUCUCAGUCCGCUCUGGCUGGUCUUAUAGCUGGUAACAGCAUAGAUCUUCCAAUUACCAUCCACGUAAUGAAUAGUACAUCCAAAGAUCCUUUCAUCGCGACAGUGGAAACUGAUGACUCUCUAUGGGCAAAGAGCAUCGCAAGGGUGUACAGAAACGUGGUGGCCACGGUUACCAAGUCUCCAUCAUGGAACCAAACUGUGGACCAAUUCUUGCUGGACAUGCAGCGUAAAAUCGACUCGGUCCAGUUUGCAAAUGAGUAUAUGAUUGGAGUAAGCUAUGAAAUUGACGAAGAUGGAUACCACAUAAGCACGGGGCUUUACAACGGCUACGCCUAUCACAGCAUGCCACUAGCUCUCAACCUUGUCAACAACGCCUUGCUGAGGUACCUUGCCGGAGACGAGUACUCCAUAUCGGUCAACAACCACCCCUUGCCAUCGUAUAGUCGCCACAUGGAUAACGAUCUAAUGGAUGGCGAAGAUGACGACAGUGGAAAUGAUUCAUGGAAGUGGUGGCCCCCUUUGAUCAGCGUGACUUACACGUGCAUUUUCCUGUUUGUGAUGUCGGCACUUCUUGGCUCCUUCGCUAUCAGCCCGGUUGAGGAACGCACCAACGAGACCAAGCUUCUGCUCUUCGUGUCCGGCUCCACGGGUAUGACGUACUGGUUGUCCAGGUGUUGUUGGGAUAUAAUGAUCUAUUCGGUACCUGUCAUAUCGGUGAUUGGCUUGGUAUUAGCUGGACAGACAUGGCCCUUGUACAUAGCCGACAGACAACAAGAAACACUAAUCAUUCUGGUAGUGCUUUUCGGAUGGGCCACUCUGCCAUUGACCUACUUGCUGUCGUUUAAAUGUGAAACUGGUCUGAAGGCCUCGACGUACAUCAUGAUUACGUUUACAACAAUAGGCGCUUAUUCUGUCGUCCUGGAAGCUUUCCUCCUUUACAUCCUCCCAUACCGACUACUAGACGUGGUGGAUAUGGUGACGUCAUUUUCCUAUCCGGAAAUAACGGGCUGGAUCUUCUCAGUGUUGUUUCCUCCCUUCAACUUGGUUGGCGGGCUGUUGAACUUCUAUAUCAAUGACUAUAACUCGCGGUACUGUCUCCAUAGCAACACAACUAUGAGCCACAUUCAGUGCAACUUUAAUCUUGAACUCAAACUGGAACUAAACAAAAUUGAAAGGGAUAAACAAGCAAAUGAAGUAAUACUUCAAAUAGCACAAAAAGCACUAACAGAUGAAGUUUUACAAAAUACUAGAAAACGAAAACGCAUUUUAAGUGAUUUGCUUGAGUUCAAAACUAAGCUUGUUGGACCUAUUAGAACAGGGAGUAUUCUACUUACUGUGAGGUUCUACUCACUGGAAGACUUGACCUAUUUCUGGUCAAAGUAUAAGGAUGGGACUGUUACUGCAACUCUCUCUGACAUCUUGCUGUUAGACACAAUUCUUGAGAUCUCUUGGGAGCAUCAUGUGGAGUUCUAUAUCACAUGCGAUAUAUCAGAGGACGCCUACAUUGGAACAUGUCAGAUAUUAAGAAGUGAAGAUGAAGCUCCUGACACCGUGGGUGCUAUGGCAAUAAUGAGCAUUACUGAUGACACUAAAGGAAAAGAGGCGAUCCAAGAAGGACCAUCACAUGAGCAGAUGAAAUCAAAAUCGAUAAUGGGAGAUUUUGACGCAUCUGGGAGCGGUCUUGCUGAAGAGGCAGAGACAGGCUGUCCUGUGAAAUCUGUUUCUAUGCAGGAGAGACUUUCAAAUGUUCAAAGAAUCAUCACGGGGUCUUCUGUCAUUAGUGAACAAGAACCAAUGACUGUUGGAGUUCCAGAGGAGACUGAGGAGAUGCCAAAGGAGUUGGAAAACGAGCGUCGUAAGUUUGCUCGCAUUGAAAAGGCCUCAACGAAACGAGCAAUCACCGGUGAGCAGGAACCAAUGAAGAAAGAUUGCCGGUUCUACAGCUGCCCUAAUGAGAGUUUAGAAAGGCUUAAAGGGAUGUUACCAUCGUCUAAUGCUAUCUCUGCAGCUGCAGAUGCAAAUUCAUUGCUGUCAAACAUAGCGGGCAGUGUCGGGAUAUCAGUCAUAAGUGGCAUCAGGAUCACUUUGGGAGUUGCAGACGACGCAGCCGCAACUGUUUUUAGAGGACUGGGAACAGGGCUUCGAGUUCUGCAUAUAGGAGGAUUUGUAAUGAGCGCAUUGUUGGUGCCCUAUGAUAUUUACACCCUAGUGAUGUCCUCCAUCAAGGAGCAUCGCAAGGCCGGGUCUAAACAAGCCAAUAAGAUCAGAGAGCUAGCCAAAGAAAUGCAUUGCUUUGCUCAAAGAGGGAAAGAGAUUCUAAACCCUGAAGACACAGGAUGGCUGAACUUGAUCAGCUAG